AUGAAGACCUUCCGCUUGGGGUCUACGGGCCAACCUCACCGAGACUUUGACAGUCCUUCGCGACUAGUUCUCGGACAAAUUCCAUACAAGAACCAACCAACCAAAAGAAAGAAGAGGAGUCAGGAGAUGCUGGGGUUCCUCAAACGGCUGUUCAACAAGCUCGGCCCCGGCGUAUACGGACUGGACCAUGCGGUGCUCAAUGUGCCGCUGCCCCCGAGCGCAAUGUGGAUGAACAUGGGCUAUUGGGAAGGUUUAUCAGAUGAACCCUUCAAUGGACUGACCGUUGCCACGCAGCACACUUCGGACUUUCCGGAGGCUUGCCAGGCUCUGCUGAACCAGGUGUUGACGAUGGGUCUUUUGGCCCACCCACCUGGGCAGCCUGUGCAACUGGUAGAUGUUGGCUGUGGCUGUGGUGACCAGUCUCUGUAUUUGAUGGGACUGCGACAGCGCGGUCAUUCAUCGUCUGCGGCUGGCAAAGAGGGAAGAGGCUCUGGGUUUGAUUCCACGCCGCAAAAGCCAGAUUCUGCUCUGCUGUCGGAUCCAGAACUACGGCCUCGUCACGGCGGAGACAGCCGCCAUCCCCCAUCGCGGCCGCUGAUCGAUUCCUACAUCGGAAUCACUCUAGAGCCCGCACAGGCAGCCCUAGCGCGGCACCGGCUGCAGGACAAGCACAGCAACCCCGAGAAGCCGCCGGCAGAAGUCUUUUGCGCCGACGCCUCCAACCCCGACAGCUGGACAGGCGACCUGCAGCACUCUAUAACCACAAUGACCAGCACCGCACAAACAGACCACCCAUCAUCAUCAACCUGGCUCCUCGCCCUGGAUUGCAUGUACCACUUCCGGCCAUCGCGACUCCCUCUUCUCAGCUAUGCGCACUCGACGCUGCAUGCUUCGCUGAUGGCCUUUGAUUUGGUCGUUGCCGACAAUGCCUCCUGGUUCGAUAGGCUGUUGCUGUGUCUGGUGUGCUGGGUUACCGGGGCGCCGUUUACAAACUUUGUUUCUGGUCAGGAGUACCGGCGUCUGCUGGUUGCGGCCGGGUAUGAUCCUGCGCAGAUCCAGAUCCGCGAUAUCUCGCGGCAUGUCUUUGCGGGCAUGGCGGCGUUCUUGGAUCGCAGGGUCGUGGAGGCGAAGCCGUUUGGGAUGAAAAUGGGCAAGUUUGGAGCGUCUAGGAUGGUUUUUGACUGGUGGGCGAGGAGUGGAGUUGUUAGGGGGUGGUUGUUGUUGCAAGACGAGACUGAAUAG